GGCAAUUCCUUGCGUCUCUUUCAAGUCAAGUUCGGGGGCCAACGGCAACCACAUGGCCUCACCCCAGAAGACGCGGCCAUGAUCAGAGCUGGCUUGUGUAUGCGCUUAUGCAAUAUGCGUGGACCUUACGCGACAUGUGUGGCGUCGACUAGGGGAUCGAGCAAGCGAAGCCGAACGAGUUUUGGCUCGCGCCCAAGCGGCCCGGGCAGGAUUACGGGUGCAUUCGAGACGGAUAGUAACAGUUGCAUCCUGCGGUCAACUGGCACUUCCUACAAGAACAUCGUGCGCAUGGGUUUGCAACAAGAAGUAUGUGGAUGAUCAUCACGUCUCAGUCCGGGUCUACCAAUUCAAAUGACGCUGUACUGUCGGUGGUGCACGCAAUCAUACAAGAAUUUCACUCACAUCGGGGCCCCGUUCACAUUGAAGCGUGGAGGGAGGUUGGCGAAGAGGAGGUGCUGAUAUCGCCGCGCGUAUCGAUGGAGACCCUCGUGCCGACCGGCGAACUUGACAGGUCCUGCUGUGAAACAAGGGGACAGAUGCGAUACAGCAUAACCUUGACCUACUCGUAUGCAUGCAUGCGAAAUACAUAAUCGCCGUCUCUUCUGGUCAAUUGCAGGUACGCUUCCGUGCAUCAGUUACUGGUUACACUCCGGCCUUCGUCUCCGUACCUUGGUUCCUUCCUUCAAUCACUCGAGUCCUAGGAGGCAAACCUUCGAACGGUUUUGCCAUAGGUUGAUGGUCGCUAGACCUCUC